AAUGCGCCCAGUUCCACUUUGGGUAUUAAUUUCUUUGGGUGUUCUAUGCCUUUUGGUUUUUAUAUUAUGCUGCUGCGUGUGUAUUUUAUGCUGUAGAAAGAAACGAAAGAAUGGAAAACAUUCCAUCAACUUAAAUUCUACUAACUUACCUACCUAUGCGGAAAAUAUUCAGCUAGACGUAGACGAAGUUGAUUCUAAUCUAAUGGAUACUAAAUACGGAAGAUUACAAUUCUCUCUGGACUACAAUUUUAAAAAAGAAGAGCUAAACGUUGGAGUUAUUCAAGCAUCUGAUUUGCCUGGUAUGGAUGCAACAGGAACGUCAGAUCCCUACGUUAAGGUGUUUAUAUUCGGCGAAAAUAAACGCUUUGAAACUCAAAUUCACAAAAAGACUUUGAAUCCAAUUUUUAAUGAAAGCUUUAAUUUUAAAAUUCCUUAUGUGGAGGUUGUUAAGAAAAUUGUAGUCUUUAAAAUGUAUGACUAUGAUAGAUUUACGAAAAAUGAAGAGAUGGGAAGAAUUCUAAUACCCUUAAAUACUAUUGAUUUAGGCAGGGUUACAGAAGAGUGGAGAGACUUAAUAGCUCCUGAUGCUGAGUCUCAAGACGACGUUUUGGGUGAUGCAUGUCUGUCAAUGAGAUAUGUUCCAAGUACAGAAAAACUUACCGUUACCGUAUUGGAAGCAAAAAAUUUGCAACCGAAAGAUGGCUCAAUCACAGCAGAUCCGUACAUUAAGUUAACGUUAUAUUUGGAAAAGAAGAGAUUGAAGAGGAAAAAAACGACUGUUCGAAAAAAGACACUAAAUCCAUAUUACAAUGAACAGUUUGUGUUUGAUAUACCAUACGAUUGUAUUCAAAAAGUAAAAUUGGUUCUAAAAGUUUAUGAUUAUGAUUUAGUAAGAUCAAAUUUCAUAGGUAAAGUUAUAUUUGGUUGUCAGUCAAACGGCUCUGGAUUAAGACACUGGACAGAUACGUUAGCUAAUCCAAGGAGACCUAUUGCCCAAUGGCAUAUUCUUCAGCCGAAUAAUAAAUCAUAA